GUUCUAAGUGCCGGAGCGGGCAAAUUAACCAUAGAGCAGUGAGGGAGCGGGCUGUGUUUCCGGUUUCGGACCGCAGUGCGCAGGCGCGGGCCGGCCAUCAAAGCGCUCGGAGGCGGAAGUGACCGGUUGAGAGCUGACCCCGAGCCGGUAACCAUGGCCAGACCCCGAGCGGCGGCAGCAGCGACGGAAACCCGUGAGAAACCAGAGCAAAACAACCAUGGUGAGACCAAGAUAAAAAUAUAUAUAUCAACCCAUAGAGAGACAUAGAAACCUAUAGAGAGACAUAUCAACCCAUAGAGAGACAUAGAAACCUAUAGAGAGACAUAUCAACCCAUAGAGAGACGUAUCAACCCAUAGAGAGACGUAUCAACCCAUAGAGAGACAUAGAAACCCAUAGAGAGACAUAUCAACCCAUAGAGAGAAAUAUCAACCCAUAGAGAGACAUAUCAACCCAUAGAGAGACAUAUCAACCCAUAGAGAGAAAUAGCAACCCAUAGAGAGACAUAGCAACCCAUAGAGAGACAUAUCAACCCAUAGAGAGACCUAUCAACCCAUAGAGAGACCUAUCAACCCAUAGAGAGACCUAUCAACCCAUAGAGAGACCUAUCAACCCAUAGAGAGACCUAUCAACCCAUAGAGAGACCUAUCAACCCAUAGAGAGACCUAUCAACCCAUAGAGAGACCUAUCAACCCAUAGAGAGACCUAUCAACCCAUAGAAACCUGUCAACCCAUAGAGAGACAUAGAAACCUGUCAACCCAUAGAGAGACAUAGAAACCUGUCAACCCAUAGAGAGACAUAGAAACCUGUCAACCUAUAGAGAGACAUAGAAACCUGUCAACCUAUAGAGAGACAUAGAAACCUGUCAACCUAUAGAGAGACAUAGAAACCUGUCAACCUAUAGAGAGACAUAGAAACCUGUCAACCUAUAGAGAGACAUAGAAACCUGUCAAUAUUUAUAUAUUUACCUAUAGAGAUAUGUAUGUAUAUAAAUCUAUCAACAUAUUAAAAGCUGGUUGUCACUUGUGUUUAAAAAAUAUGUAUAAAUAUGUGAGGUGUGAGAAAAUAAAAUUAAAAAUGUAGAAAUUAACAUUUUUUUAUCCUCCAUCUAGGUGCCUCCUUCUUAGCUCCCCGUCAAUCAUAUAAGGUCUGUCCUUUACACCUGGCAGUCAGCACAGAGAUGGGAGAAAUGAAAGGGACACUAUAGUCACCAGAACAACUACAGCUUAAUGUAGUUGUUCUGCUGAGUAUAGUCAGUCCCUUCAGGCUUUUUAAUGUAGAUACUGCCUUUUCAGAGAAAAGACAGUGUUUACAUUACCCCCAAGUGACACCUCCAGUGGCCACUCAACAGACUGCCACUAGAGGUGCUUCCUGGGGAAUGUUGCACUGUGUACAGCACUGAGAUUCAGUGUCUUGUCGCCCUGCAUGGAGACACUCAACUUUACCCAUAGAGAUGUAUUGAUUCAUGAGGAGAUUCUGAUUGGCCACGGCAGCCUUUGGCUUUGCUCCCAGCCCACCUCCUUGAUAAACUCAGCCAAUCAAUGCUUUCCUAUAGACCGGGAGCAGAGCCAGCACCAGCAGACUGGAAAUAUUUACGGUGGCCAGAAGGGCUAGAUAGUGAUUUUAACAAUAUAGGAUCAGGAGUACAUGUUUGUCCUAUGUUCCUUUGACAUAAAUUGGUGAAAAAAUGGUGACAAGUUAAAGGGACAAUCCGUUUUCCUGGCACUGCAGGUCGCCUCUCCCUCCCACCCCCCAACCCAGGUUGCUGAAGGGGUUAAAACCCCUUCAGUGACUUACCUGUAUGCAGCGCCGAUGUCCCUCGGCGCUGGUUCAGGGUCUGUCUAUGCUCCUCCCCCACCGACGUCAUCCGGCGGGGGAGACCUAUUGCGCUUGCGCGGUCGGCGGCAGGGGAGACCGCAUGCGCAUUAGACCUCCCAAAAGGAAAGCAUUAAAAGAUACUUUGAAUGCUUUUCUAUGGGGAUUUCAGCGACGCUGGAGGUCCUCACACAUAAACCAGGAAGUGCCCUCUAGUGGCUGUCUAGUAGAUUGGAUUGGCUAAAAUCGGCGCGGGGCCAUAUGCCGUUUUGGCCAAUCAGCACCUCCUCAUAGAGAUACAUUGAAUCAAUGCAUCUCUGUGAGGAAAGUUCAGCGUCUCCAUGCAGAGCAUGGGGACGCUGAAGGCAGGGCUAUCUACUGUGCAGCCCUAAGCUAGGAAGCCCCUUCCAGUGGCCAUUUGGAGGCGUCCCUAGGGGCAAUGUAAAAAGACUGUGUUUGCAUUAAAAUGCCUGAAGGGAGCUAUUAUAUUUACCAGAACUACUACAAUAAGCUGUAGUUAUUCUGGUGACUAUAGUGUCCCUUUUAAGGGUUAGUCCAGUUUUUGAAGCUGCGUCCUUAAAGGGUUAAAGGAAGUGUUUAGUAAGGCUGUGUAAUUUGUGUGUAGGGAGGUGUGACUAGAGCCGCAUAAACAAACAUGAUUUAACUCCUAAAUGGCUGAUAAUUGAGUAGUGAGACUGCAGGGGUAUGAUCUAUACUCCAAAACUGCUUCAUUAAGCUAAAGUUGUUUUGGUGCCUAAAGUAUCUCUUUAACUUCCCAUACCUGUUGGGUUUGCAAUUUUGGCAAUUUGUAACUCGGCUGAUUGUGUUCAACCCGGCCAGCAGGCUGGACUCUCUUGCUGUUGUUGGAAAAUCAACCUAAGCUAGCAUAUAUGCAAAUCAUUACAUGUAAGGGAAUUAUUCACUAAAGUGGGAGUUGUAGAAACUACAUGUUAAUUGCAAAUUUUAGGUCAACAUAGCUGGUGAUUUAAACAAAAAAAAAAAUGUGGCUGCAUUCAGGAUCAGACACUAAACAGGAGUAGAUCUAGGUAUUUCAUUUUUUUUCCCCAAAUUGAGUGGGUUGAGGAAUACUUGGCUAGUUUGUUUAGUUUAUAGUAUCCCAAAAUUAGUGAAUUCCAAGCAAUUCUUAGUUUAGUUAAAUUUUGUGUAUGUCUUUAAAUUGCAAUUCCUUUUUUGAUCUCUCACAAUUCCUGGUUUGAGAGUAAAGACCAUAAACUGUCAGAUUUCAGCUGGUAUGACUCUUCCCACAGUGACACAUGACUGAAUGAAUGGAAUUCAACCUUUCUUGUUAAUCUUCCUGUAAGAGGAGAAUGUUAUCCAUUGAGGUCAUGACUCACACUGAACCUGCCUCUCUUGUUUUGAUUGCAGAGUUAUGACACAUUUAUACAGUGUGUUUAGCUAACUAGGUGUAGAGAAGCCCCACUGGACCCCAGAUAGGGAGGCAGAGUGGAUUUCAAGAAAAAUAAAAAAUAUCAAUAUGUCUGUGUGUGUGUGUUUGUGUCUGUUUAGGUAGCUGCCCUCCUCCAAUCGCACUAGAAAGUUUUUUUUACUCACUUUUUUCCGACAACAUUUGCCGUGGCUGGUCAGUCAGAAUGAUCUCCGCUAUGGGAGAAUAUUGCUCAUGCCCAGUAAAACAAUGUGCCAAUUAGCAUCUCCUCAUAGAGAUGCAUUGAAUCAAUGCAUCUCUAUGGGGAACAUUCAGCGCCUCCAUACAGAGUGUGGAGACGCUAAACCAAGGACUCUCUAUGGCCAUCUGAGUGACUGUUGCUAGGCAAGCAAUGUAAACAUUGCCUUUUAUAUGAAAAGGCAAUGUUUACAUUGAAAGGUCUGCAGGUACAGGCUAUAGACACCAGAACAACUACAUUAAAGGGACACUAUAGUCACCCAGACCACUUCAGCUCAAUGAAGGGGUCUGGGUGCCAGGUCCCUCAUGUUUUAACCCUUCAGAUACAAACAUUUCAGUUUAGUAAGCAGCCCUGCCGUUCAGCGUCUCCACGCUCUGCAUGGGGACGCUGAAUUUUCCUCAUAGAGAUGCAUUGAUUUAAUGCAUCUCUAUGAGGAGGUACUGAUUGGCCAAAACCGUGUUUGGCCCCGCCUCCUUUCGAUUUUAGCCAAUUCAAUUCUUUCCCCAUGGGAAAGCAAUGAAUUGGCUAAAAAUGUCUAAUUCUGAUGUCACCAAGGGGGUGGGGCCAGUGCGGCUGACCAGCACCGCGCUGGAAAUAAGGUGAGUUUUUCAUGCUUUUAAGGGGGUUUAUUGGGUCGCAAGCCACCGUAAUGGUGUGUUUUACACUAUCGGGUCAGGAAUGCAUGCUUGUGUUCCUGACCCUAUAAUGUUCCUUUAAUGUAUAGGUCAGAGGGAGUAAACAUUUAGCUGUAGAUUUUCAACUUGGAUGCUCAGCCAGCCAGACAUACACUUCUUUAGUUUUAGAUCACUUCCUGAGUGUCAUGGGAAAUGUAGUUCCAUGGCAAUUGGAGAACUCUCUGCUUAUUAUUCCAGAUCCCCAUGUGCUGAUCUCGUCAACUUGCCAAGUGCCACAUGGUGCUCACCCUGCACUGUAGCUAUUUCUGCAAUUUCAGUAAUUGGAAAUAGACGUUUAUCUAUAACAGGAUCCAGUUGUAGAUAUACCCCAAAUGAAAACUUACAUGCAUUUAAUUCUUCCUUUUUUUUUUUUUCAUUUGAGUUAUAUCUAAAUACCAACAACCAAAAAGAGGAAGAUGUAUUAGACUCCCGCCAGUAUGAUUUGAGCUGAUCUUGGGAGGCUCAUUUUCAUGUGAGUUAGACCAUUGUGUUUAAUUCACACACCCAAACGCCUUACAAUUUUACAAUAUUAACCUUUUCUCUUUUUCCCAGACAUGUUUUCCAGUCCCUAAUAAAGGGUAGGUGUUUAUCUUAUUACACCUCGCACGCUCCACUAUUUUGGUUCGUGUCUAAUACAUCUUCCUCUUUUGGGUUGUUGGUGUGGAUUGAGAGAGAUCCACCAGUGUAGUAGUGUGUGGACUAACACUAUUUGACUUAUUGUUCCUUAGCGCCUUGAUAUGCACAGAGCACUGCGUGUUUACUUGUAUCUAAAUACUGCUUGCAAAACCUGCAGUUCUCUUGUCUGCUGCCUUUUCUAGCUCUCCCCUUCUAACCCCACCCAGACUUUCUGUGGCUGUCCAAUCAGAAACUUCCCCAUGCAGCUCAAUGAAAAGUCUUUGCAAGGCAGGUGCUCUGGGCAAUUGCUGCCUCUUAAGUUUAGUGCAAAUAAGCUAACCAAACCAGGAAAUACCAGACCCGUUGUCUGCUUCAAAAGCCUGGGGGUUGUAACCAGUAUAAUUUAUACAAGUGUUAAUUUCUAUUGAAAUCUGCUUUUUGUUGCAAAAUGAAAACAAAAUGGGGACACUCUUUACACACAAAUCUUUUUUGCAAUCUAAAGUGCUUUAGGGGUCUGGAGUGUCCUUUUAACUUGUCUGUAAACAUGUUAAUAUACAUGUCUUAUUUUUCUAAUUUAUUAAGGAAAAGCUCACCCAGAAGGAGGCUCCACCCGCACAUCCCUGCUCAUAUUGGUGUCCAUUUUCCUGUCUGCGGCAUUUGUCAUGUUCCUGGUUUACAAAAACUUUCCACAGCUUAAUGAGUACGUAUUACUGAUUUGUUCCAACAACCCUUUCAGUCCAGUUCUUUGCACCAUAACUACUAGCUGCGGCUUCCUUUGAGCUGUGGCAUUUAGGAUGUGCUUUACUUUAUCAGAGAAAAGAAUGAGAGAGAGAAAACAUAUCCUGUUCCUGUGUUUGUACUACAGAAUAUGUUGGAGGUUUAUGAAUAGUUGUCUUCUUUCUUGCUUUACACAGGGAAGAGCUGGAGAUGAUCAAAGUCCCUCGGGAUAUGGACGAUGCCAAGGCUCUGGGAAAAGUCCUCUCCAAAUAUAAGGACACAUUUUACGUGGAAGUCUUAUUGGCUUAUUUUGUUACCUAUAUCUUGUAUCCUUUUUGCUGUUUUAGUCAUGAGGUCAGGUGUAUCCAAUAGGUGCUGCUAUCUGAGUUUACCUGGUCCUGCAUGGUUCAUCAAACAAUUCAGCCGUUCUCACAUCAAUUUGUGCUGUUGAUCCAAAAGAAGGCAAAUUGACAGACAAAGCGGUUCAUAUUAACUGGCAUUUCUCAUGGUUUCCAUGAUACAGUGAUAAUUGCGACUUGGCCAGCAUUGAGUUCCUGUUUGAUCGCAGUGAGCUCCAUAACAGUAAGCAUAAAACUACCAAAAAAUUAUCAAACUGGAGAAAACUAUUACAACAGGGCUUGUCAGCCAGGAUCAAUGUAAAGGAGGAUUCAUGAAAACUGUAAGCUAACUUGUGUGAAUUGUCUUGUAUGUGCUGUUCUAUUUGUGAGGUCAGAGUGUAGAUUUAUUUAUUAAAUAAUCUAACGAAAAAUAUUGAUCCAUAUAUAUAAAAAAAAUGUUUUCCCCUAUUCCAAGUUUAUUGUAAAAAGAGAAUUGUCACUUUAAAUUGAAUGUAUAGGUUAGAAAAUUUAUUUAUUUUAAAACUUUUUAACAAUGCUGUUUAAAAAAAAAAAAAAAAGUUUUUUUUUUUUCUCCAAAAUUCCUUUCUUGUCUAAAAUCCGACCUUUCUAGCAGCAGAUUUUAAUAUCUGCAACUAUGCUGAUCAUCCCGUUUUUGCCCAGCAGAAACUUAUUUUUUUCUCUUCAAGUUCUAUUGUGGACACGGGGACGAUGAGAUGAUAUUUGAUUGUGUUCAUAACAGAACACUUAGUGAAUAUACCCAACCACUUGUGUAUGUCUAAAAACAUCAUUAACUAGUUACUGGAUAUUUAGUAAAUUAUAUACAAAAAUAUAUAAUGUCCAGGUCUGCAGGCUUUUCUUCAGUCCUUACGUGGCAUCCUUAUUUUAUGUAAUUAGAAAUGCUGGUAGGUGCAAUAUUUAUUCUACCAUUGGCUGAUUCACAGCUCUGAGCAUGCAGAUAAGGGCUCCCUACACAUUGUAUGCUGACAUUGUAUGCUGUAAGAUAGGGUCUAAAUGGAACCUCAUUUUAAGGAAAUGUGUAGGAAAGCUGGAGUGAUUGACAGCCAGGGGAGGUGUGGCUGGAACUGCUGAAAAAACAUUUCACGUUUAAAGGAUUACUCCAACCAGAGUGUUUCAGAGCAGCUGCAAGGAGAAGCUAGUUAUCCACUCCCACAUUGUGCUCCCACCUGACUCCCUCAAUUGCAAAUUGAUCUUUUAAAAAAACAACCCUCCGCCUUCAUACCUCUCAAUGCCAGCCCACAGCACUCACAUGUACUGUGAGCCGGCAAAAUAGCCCAAUCACAACCUGUGCAUGGCCUGCGCAUAAUCACAGUGAUGUCAGGACUGGACGCAGAAAAGCAGCAGGGCAUAUUUCACCAGAAAGAUCCUCUCAAGAGGGGGUUAUAGUAACUUUUUAAACUCUUGAGCUGAAGUGGGUUCGGAGCUUAAAUUGACACUUUAAAUUACAAUGACUCUUUGCUUAUCUCUAUUGUAUGUAGAAAUGGGGCAGUAGUUAUAGAGAUGAUGUUGGCCAUUUGUCCUCACAUGAUCCCUGGACACAAUGGUUUGUUAAUAAACGCAUAUAUUAUAGUCGUCUAUUAACUAAACUGAGAUUUGCAAAUUGAUGUGGCAGUGCAAUGGUAAUUUAAUGAACCUGGAACUGCAAUCUUUAUUCCAGCAAAGCGGUGUUGUUUUUUUUCUCUCCCAGUUUUUCUAUAUCCCUUUGUCGUCUCUCCACAGUUUUUAGUUUAGUGAAUAAAGCGUGUAGAGUACUUUGUACAGACUGUGCUAUAUCAAGAACAUUAAUGUUUUUUGCGUCCGUUUGGUGACAAUAGAUUGUGGAACUGAUUUUAUAGGCAGUCCAUAGACUCAAUAAUAUGCUGAUCCCCUCAUGGCUGAAUUUAACGCUACUCUUUGUUUCAGACCACUACUUUAGCUCGUGUCGUCCCGUUGGCUGCCUUCCCAUUGUUUGCUGAUUAUACUAAUACUCUAGGUUUAGCACACCGUGCGUGCUGCACGAGAGCAGGAAGCAAAGCAUUCAUCCAUGCUGAAACCACGUCUGCUUGUGUAGCAGAAUACUGCAAAUGUAAACCUGGUUGUUCUGCACAGAUGGGCACACAUAAUGGGGGAUUAAUGGAUUAACCAUCACUGCUCCCUAACAUACAUGCAAACCGAUUAAUAAAUUAUUAAAACAGAUGGAUAGUGCAGCAUUAAAUCAUAUUAAGACUGGCUGCAGGCCAGAUUUCGAAAUCAGAUACUUGGUCAUUGCGCCCCCUAAAGUGAUCUAUAUAAAUUACAGCUCACCACUCUACUCCCUGCAGUACUACGCUGUCAGCAAACUUUUCUCACUAUGUACUCUCUCAUAAUGAUGGAUAAGUCAAUUACUCUGGAGCAGCUCUGAUCAACAAGUUUCCUUCCAACUUAACUGCAACUACAUCUCUCAUGAUGCUGUGCCAGCCUGUAGUCUUACUAGAUACAAGGCUAAGGGGUCUCUUUACUAAAUGUCUCAAGGAUUGAGGUUACAUGGCAGACCCUUUUAAGAAACCGAAACAAGGAAGAAACUCCAAUAUAAAUCGAAAACAGACCUCGCUGUACGCCACGUAUGAAUUAUUUAAAGAGAUACCCCACUGCCCAAAUAAAAAUUUUCUGUUUAGUAGAUAAAGCCCCAAAUGAAAACUUGCAUGCAUUUAAUUAUGAGUUUUUACAUUGGGGAUAAAUCUAAAACUGCUUGUAAAAGAUGCAGGUACCUUGUCUGCAGCCUAUGCAAGCCCCCCUCUUCUAACCCUGCCCAUUCUUUCUCUGGUGACUUACCAAUGCACCUCUAUAAGAAUUCUUUGCAAGGCAGGUGCUUGGGCAAUUGCUGAAUCUUGAGUUUAGUUCUGUUGGGUUAAAGGGAUUCUUUAAUGCCAGGAAAACAAAACCUGUUUUUCUGGCACUUUAGAAUCAUCAUACAGUGCCCCACUCACUCCCGCCUCUCAUCCAGUGUUGCUGAAGGGGUUACCAUAAAUUCAGUGCCGAUGUCCCUCAGCGCAGGGUCAGGCUCCACUCACACUUCUACCCCGCCGUCAGCCGGUGGGGGAGACCUAAUGUGCAUCAAUGGCUGCGCUCGCAUUAGGAUUUCCCCAUAGGAAAGCAUUAUUCACUGCUUUCCUAGAGGAAUUCCGGUGACGCUGGAAGUCCUCAUACAUAGCGUGAGGAUGUCCAGCGACGUUUAGACUACCAAAAUUCGUCUAAGCACCUGGAAGUCCCUGUAGUGGCUGUCUUAUAGACAGCCACUAGAGGAGGACUUAACUCUGCAAGGUAAUUAUUGCCGUUUCUCAGAAAUUAGCUGAAGUGGUUUGCGUGCCUACAGUGUCCCUUUAACCUAGGAGGAAACAGGUCAGGUUAUCUGACAGCCAGGUGGGUGUAACAAGGAUUGUUUAUAAAAGUGUCAAUUUCUGUUGAAAUCUGCAUUUUUUUCAAUAGGGGAAAAAUAGAACAUACUCUUCACACAUAAAGCUUUUCGGCAAACUAAGGUGUUUUAGGUGUCUGGAGUGUACCAUUUUGAUAAAACUGUCUUAGUGUUUGUAGCAUUGUCCCUGCACAAAUGGUGGUUAGAAUGACUGAAGCCAAAUAUGUGUAUCGCUAAAACUUGUCAAAACCUUGCCAAAAUACCUCCAGAUACGCCAAUCACUUUAUUAUGUAGAAUAACUGAAGCACAAAUCAGGGAAAACCGGGUUGAUCAAAUAAAUGGUUUUAUUGUUCAGAUUAAAAAAAAGGUUUUGCGAGAGCAUCUUCUUGAUAUCUUUCUUACUUUAAUGUCCAGAUACAUUUUCUUGGGUAAAUUAUAUAAUAUUUCGCUAUGUAUUUAGCAGAUUAGCUAAGCUUUUACUCUUUACUAAAAACAAGGUUUGCCUGUUUGUUUUGUAUGUCCAAUAUAUAAUUAUAAAAAUAGUCCUUUAAAGCAGAUCUGGAGUGUACUAGUCACUUUUGAAUUGUCGCUCCCUAUUACUUUUUAUUUAUAUUUUGCACCAAUACUUCCUUAACACAAAUGCUGUCAGCCUGCAAACCUUUGCUAUCCCUGGUUCCAUAUUUCUAAGCAUCCUGUCUGGGUUUCUCUACCCCUUCCCCUUGGCUCUGUUUCUCGUGUGCCUGGUAGGUAUAUAUGUAACUGCUUAUACAGUGUUGAAAUGUGUAAGGAUGCAAUUAUUGUAUGUUAGCCUUAUGGUUUAUGACUCCUAAAAAAAAUAAGGACCAGCCCGAAGUUACUCUUUGUUACAUCAAUAUGAGAGUGCUUUUAUGUUAGAAAACUCAUUAAAGAGAAAUAAACACCUGAAAUCUGUUUCUUUUAUUUUUGAACCAUUUCUUCUUUUUGCUGCAGUGUUCUGGGCUCGGGGCAUCGUUUUGCUAUUUGCUUUCCUAUCUCGUUGGACGGCCAAUUGUCUACAAAUACCUGAGUGAGAAGGCAGUGAAAUGGUCCCAGCAGGUAAUGAAACUACGAGGCCAAGUUAUUCAUAUAGAAAUACACAAACACACCCACCAUUCCCAACUGCAUUCUUAACAUUCUACACAUUCGUGUUCUGCUAUGUCCAGUCUCUAAUCACUGGAUGCCACAAAUUAUUUCUACUCCUUUUCGUUACAUAGGCUGAAAAGAGAAAUGCGCCCACGAAUCUCAGCCUUUCUCACAUCUAUUUUUGCUGUUGAUCCAAAAAAAGAAAGGCAAAAACCCAGUUUAGCAGUCAGAUCUCUCCUUUGAUCAAAAAUCUAUUACCCCACAUAUUAAACAUUAUAUUCCAGAAUAUUAUGUUUUUGCAAAUAUUCAUCCAGUUGCUGUUUAAAUACAUGUAUAGACUCUGAUAGAUUCAUCUCUUCAGGCAGAGAAUUACACAUCCUUAUUGUUCUUACACUAAAAACCCUUCCCUUUGCCUUAGGCUUAAUCUCCAUUCUUCCAGUCUAAAUGUGUGUCCUGUGUAUAGUCCUAUUUAUGAAUAGAUUUCCAGACAGUGGUUUGUAUUGGCCCUGAAUAUAUUUGUAUAAUGCUAUCUUAUCCCCUCUGAGACACUGUUUUUCUAAACUAAAGAGAUUUCAAUUUGUUAAUUUUUCUUCAUAACUAACAUUCCUGUUGUUCAUUUUGUAGCCUGUCUCUGCAAUUAUUUCUAGAGCCAGAAUAUCCUUCUUUAGAACACGUGUGGUCUUACCAUUGAUUUAUAAAGUGGGAAAAUAAUAUUUUGAUCCCAAACCUUAAUGCCCCUAUUUAUACAUAACAAUACCUUACUGGCCUUUGCAACUGCAGCUUGACAUUGCACAUUGUUGCCUAGUUUGUUGUCUAUAGUAAUUCCCAAAUCCUUCUCAUGUGUUGCUAUUGCCAAUUCACUACUGUUAAGGAUGUAAGUUGCUUAUGCAUUCUUUACCUUUAACCCCUUAAGGACACAUGACAUGUGUGACAUGUCGUGAUUCCCUUUUAUUCCAGAAGUUUGGUCCUUAAGGGGUUAAACACCUCUUACUACUUUUGUCUGGCUUGAAAUUUUUUAUCAUUGACAACUAUCUGUAUUCUAUCUUUAAGCCAUUGUUCUACCCAAGAACAACAGUUUUCAUCUAGACCAAUUUCUUUUCGAAUGCCUUUGCAUUAACCAAGUAGAUCACAUCCACUACAACACCCUGGUCUAUACUUCUACUUACUUCUUCAUAGAAUGCAAUUAAUGGACCACUAUAGGCACCCAGACCACUUCAGCUCAAUGAAGUGGUCUGGGUGCCAGGUCCAUCUAGGGUUAACCCUGCAGCUGUAAACAUAGCAGUUUGAGAAACUGCUAUGUUUACAUAUGGGUUAAUCCAGCCUCUAGUGGCUGUCUCAUUGACAGCCGCUAGAGGUGCUUCCGCGCUUCUCACUGUGAUUUUCACAGUGAGAAAACGCUGCCGUCCAUAGGAAAGCAUUGAGAAAUGCUUUCCUAUGGACUGAUUGAAUGCACGCGCAGCUCUUGCCGUGCAUGCGCAUUUGGCGGAUGACGUCAGAAGAGGGAGGAGAGUCUCCAGCGCAGAGGGAGCUCGACGCUAGAUUAAGGCGUUUACCUCUUUAACCCCUUUAGAGCCUGGCGGGAGGGGGACCCAGAGGUUGGGGGCUGGGGGGACCUGUUAACACUAUAGUGCCAGGAAAAAGGUUGUUUUCCUGGCACUAUAGUGGUUCUUUAAGUUUGUUUGACAUGACCUAUGUUUCAUAAACCCAUGCUGAUUUUCGGUAAUAACAAUGUUCUUCCCAAUGAAUUCCUGAAAAUGAUCCUUUAAUAGCCUUUCAAAUACUUUCCCAGACAUAGAAGUUAAAGGACCACUAUAGGCACCCAGACCACUUCAGCUCAAUGAAGUUGUCUGGGUGCCAGGUCCCUCUAGUGUUAACCCUGCAGCUGAAAGCAUAGCAGUUUCAGAGAAACUGCUAUGUUUCACUGAGGGUUAAUCCAGCCUCUUGUGGCUGAAAAUCAGUGAGAAGACGCUGGACUUCCAUAGGAAAGCAUUGAGUAAUGCUUUCCUAUGGGCGGUUUGCAUGCGCAUUUGGAGCUGAGUUCGUCAGGGAGAGGAGAGGUCACCAACGCUGAGGGAGACAGACGCUGGAUUAAAGUAAGUGGCUGAAGGGGUUUUAACCCCUUCAGCCCAGAGGGUGGGGGGACCUAAUGACCCUAUAGUGCUAUAUAUUUUUUUUUUUUUACCUGGCACUAUAGUGCUCCUUUAAGCUCACAGAUCUAUAAUUUCCAUCACUUUGGAUGAGCAGUAACACAGUGUCUGUUAUUUAAGGAUACUGGACGAGUUCAUAACAUAAACUGAACUCUAAGCCAAAAUAACUCCAUUAAAGGACCACUAUAGGCACCCAGACCACUUCAGCUUAAUGAGGUGGUCUGGGUGCCUGGUCCAGCUAGGGUUAACCCUUUUUUCUAUAAACAUAGCAGUUUCAGAGAAACUGCUAUGUUUAUAUUAGGGUUAAAGGACCACUCUAGGCACCCAGACCACUUCAGCUUAAUGAAGUGGUCUGGGUGCCAGGUCCUUCUAGGGUUAACCCAUUUUUUUAUAAACAUAGCAGUUUCAGAGAAACUGCUAUGUUUAUCAAUGGGUUAAGCCUUCCCCUAAUCCUCUAGUGGCUGUCUCAUUGACAGCCACUAGAGGCGCUUGCGUGCUUCUCACUGUGAUUUUCACAGUGAGAGCACGCAAGCGUCCAUAGGAAAGCAUUGUAAAUGCUUUCCUAUGCGACGGGCUGAAUGCGCGCGCAGCUCUUGCCGCGCGUGCGCAUUCAGCCCAGGAGGAGGAGAGAAGGAGGAUCGAAGGAGGAGAGCUCCCCGCCCAGCGCUGGAAAAAGGUAAGUUUUUCCCCCUUUCCUCCUUCCAGAGCCGGGCGGGAGGGGGACCCUGAGGGUGGGGGCACUCUCAGGGCACUAUAGUGCCACGAAAACGAGUAUGUUUUCCUGGCACUAUAGUGGUCCUUUAAUCCAGCCUUUAGUGGCUGUCUUAUUGACAGCCGCUAGAGGGCUUCCGCGCUUCUCACUGUGAUUUUCACAGUGAGAAGACGCUAGCGUCCAUAGGAAAGCAUUGUGAAUGCUUUCCUAUAGACUGGCUGAAUGCGCGCGUGGCUCCUGCUGCGCAUGCGCAUUCAGGAGGAGAGGAGGAGGAGAGCUCCCCGCCCGGCGCUGGAGAAAGAGGUAAGUUUAACCCCUUCCUCACCCUAGAACCCGGUGGGUGGGGGCACCCUCAGGGAACUAUAGUGCCAGGAAAACGAGUAUGUUUUCCUGGCACUAUAGUAGUCCUUUAAGCACAUAAAGUUGUUGGCUAUAUCAUUGCUGUAAGUAAUAUAGCUUACAUGUAACCAAUGUACCACAAAACAAUGUAACAUGUCUCACCUUUAUAUCACACUGAGACACCGUAACAUUAUGUCUGAAAUCCAUGCUGGAUACUUUGUACAUGGCUAGCCUGCUGUGCACAUUCAGUCUCAAAAAUCUCAAUCUUCAAAAAUAUAGUUACAAAAUCUGUGCUGUUUUCACUAUGGCUGACUCUAAUUGAAGAUUUAAUGUUAGAAUUACGUUUUUUUUUGCAUAUGUUUUCUAUAGACAAGUCCCAUUUGAAAAUAGAAGUUUAGGAAUCACGGAUCCUAAGAAAAGAUUGGUUUUGAAAGGGCAUUUUUCAGACUUUGUUAAUUCAUGCCUACUUGCAUUAUUUGUACCUUGAUUGAGCUGACCUCGUGUCACUCUGCACAUUGUAACCUAGACAAUUUCUAUUAACAGAUUUAUUUUUCUCCCCUCUCUACAGGUUGAUCGACAUCGAGAACAUCUGAUUAAUUAUAUGAUAUUCCUGCGAAUAACACCAUUUCUUCCGAACUGGUUCAUAAACAUCACGUCUCCCAUCAUUAACGUCCCUCUCAAAGUCUUCUUCUGGGGAACGUUUUUAGGUGAGGUUCUGUACUGGUGCUUGAACUCCACCUAGUGGAAAGGAGAUGACAUUACCUGCUUGAGGCCAUGUUAUUUCAGUUAUAAAUAGCAGCAGCAACACAGCUCUAUAAAUAGAAAUGUCAAGAGCGCUUUGUGUAGGAGAAACAGAUAGUAAAGGCUUAUUAAAUCCAGUUAGUGUUAAAAAUAACAAGAGCUGCUGUUAUUUCAACGUAAUCUAAGCUACUGAAAAGGAGCAAGUCGUGAGUAGAACCAGUGUGUUUGUUCUUUUUCUCUUUUCUAUCUUGGUUGCAAAUUGUUAUAAAAAGUCCUCCCAAAGCGCUUGUAAUGCUGAUACAUAUCUGCUCUUUUGGGUAUUUUAGCGCAAUUCAUGGGAAGGCCAGAUACUUAGGAGGUUAAUUCACGAAAUUGGGAUUUGAAAAACAAAUUGCAAAAAUUGGAAAUAUUCUCAAAUGUUAAUUUGUCUGCAGCAUGGGUAUUUCAGCCUGAAUUGUGAGAUUAGGUUUUCAUCUCAUCACAUUUCUCUGUUAAAUGAUCCCAUUAAUGAGCUUCUCGGGUUGUAUUUUGACACUGUGUUCUUUAUUGAUCUGCUCUUAAAGCAUUCCUUCAAUUUCACAAUGCUCAGCCCCCACCCACUAUUGUUUAUUCAGAGUUCCCAUAUACAAUCUCAGUUCAGUCUUAGCCAGUCAUUUUGAAGCUUGUUAACUCCCUCGGCAGUCUCGUGCCAGAAUGUCCUCAAACUUUCUCCCAGUGAUUCCGGCUUUCUGUAAUAGUCUUGCUCGCCAAAGUAAUUUGCUAAAUCUCAUUAUUUUUUCAGUUUUUUAGAGGAUUUCUGAUAAUGAUUUGCUUUCUGGCAGGUGUGGCUCCUCCUUCUUUCGUGGCUAUAAAAGCAGGGACCACAUUGUACCAACUAACCACAGCAGGCGAGGCUGUGUCUUGGAAUUCGGUAAUCGUUCUCAUGGUCCUGGCUUUGCUCUCUAUCCUGCCUGCCAUCUUCCAGAACAAACUAAAGAAGAAGUUUGAAUGAAUCCACGGCUUUCCGGAAUAUCUUUCUAGGACAUUGUGCACAACUUCACACCCUCUGAUGUCUGACAUCUCGACAACAAUGCAACUUUUAUACUAAAGACUAGCUUCUUCAGACUAAUAUCAGAUUAAAAUAUAUUUUAUUUUCAACAGUGUUCUAUAGUUUUACCAGCCAAACGAUUUACUUUUUGUUUUUUUACGUACAGUUUUAGCGUCCUGGAAACUGUGAACAGCAUGUGGGUUGUAUACUCAAACAUGACCGUUCGGUAAAAACUGUCAAUGCACACUUGAGAAGCUUCUCGGUCAAUCUAUAUAUAAAGUGUAACUUCUUUGUGUAAAUUGUGCCUCACUUCAGAGACUGAUGGCAAAUCCAGGGCCAAGCGAGCCUUGGUUAUUUCUGAAUUCUUGGCUGCUAGUGAUAUUUAUAUCUAUAGUGUGUGACAAUAGGAACUAAAGUGGAAUAUUUAAUCCAUGAAUCAGUAAUGCACUGAAUCUGUGCCUCUGUGUAUAGCACUAUAUACAUUACAGCACUGUACAUAAUACAGGAAAACUGAACUUUGUAAAAACCUGUGUAAUAAGUCAUGAAAUAUUGAAUGCUUUAUAGUGAUUCUAAGAAUAACAUUACAGCAAAAUCUGGUUUAAUGUACAUUGAUUCACUGAGGUCUGUCACUAAACAGUGAACUCAAUUUUUCAACUGCUUUGCAAGCUCACAACUAACAGUUUACUGAAUAAGUCUCAAAGAGAAUGGAAUUUAUGCCAGUAAGUCUAAUGACUUUGAGCGCAUCCGGUUUAAUAUUGCAUAGCCGAACGAAAACAUUAGUGACAUGAAAUGUAAAGCUAUUGAGCUAUUCUAGAUUUUAACUGGUUAUUCCUCACAAGGAGUUUGUCUUAAUUCAUUUAUUGAUAUAAAUCUAUUCUGUCGGAUCUGUAUUUAUGCAAAAGUUAAUAUUUUAAUUUAUAAUUUAUUUGUUGUAUAUGUUAAAAACCUUGAUUUAAAUUGUUCAUACGGUGACCAGUUUAUUUACUAAUUCUUGACAACAGUGUUCCUGCGCAGAAACGCAUUUUGCGCACUUACUAAAUUCCUGUCUCUUCACCGUAUGACUGCAAUAUGUUUUGCAGACCUAAACAGUAGUGAUGUCGUGAACCGCUGCCUUCAACAUGGAUGCUGUCCAGGAAGUAGGAGGGUCUGGGAGGGAGGGUCUGCCGGAGAUUGGCAGGGAUGUGUCAGCUGACCGGAGUUCGCCGCGAACGGUUCGCGACAUCACUACUAAACACACGUUAAUUUCUUAUAUGUACAUUAAUAAUUUUUACUGCUUUUUUUAAAAAUUAAUCCAGAGUUAUAUUCCACUAACUCCAUCUGUUCUAAUGUGACUGUAAAUUGGGUCCUUCUCUCUUUAAGUAAAAUUAUAAUUUUUUUAAUUUACAGUUUUGUUCAUUUUAUGUUGCUACAAAUUAUUUACAUCUUGCUGUUUUUUUUAGUUUUUUUCCUCCUGC